AUGUCUGUACCAAGCAAAGCGUUAAGCCUCCCUUCCUUCCUCUUCUCGGUCUUCGUGUUUUACUGGAGCCUGCCUUUGUUUGCCAUCAUCUAUCGCAUCCGCUUCGCAAAUGUUGGCAAGCGCAACGACAUGCUCGACUGGUGGAUGGUGUUCUUCGCCUUCCCCGUGUUUUGCACCUCGGUCCUCAUAUUGCGAGGUAUUGUGCUAUUCAAACGAGGUCAUAUAGCGGACAAGGAGCUUCUUAAAUCCGACGCCGUGGUGGUUAUGGUGGUUAUGGUUGUUGCGACGGUUGUUCAGGCCUUCAACGUCUGGCUGGAUGCCACUCUGAGAAAGAGUACGGUCCCUGGUUUACUGGUGUACCCGGAAGGCCACCGCAGUCUGAAGCCCCGCAGUCUGCCCCUUAAGCGCGGCAUGCUCCACUUCGCCUUCAGCCGGCAUCUGGCAGUGCAGCUGGUCAUCACCCGCGGCAAGGAGGAGGUGAUGAGUGAGAAGACCUGCUCGGCCAGGUGGGGCAGGACACUGGUCACCAACUACUCCAAGGUAUGCGCCGGGGGGAGGUGGGGUGGGGUCAUCAAGCCGACAGAUUUUGAUAGCUUCGACGCCUUUUUUAACGAGAUACAAACAACCUGGGAUGCCUGCUGGCAGCUGUCGUACCACCAGCCGAUUGCGGGUGUUCCGCGGCUGAGCCUCAAGGACGCGCAUGAGUACGACUACCCGCCAAGCAUGCGGUGGUUGCAGCUGGGUGUGACACUGCUCAGCAUCGUCAUUCUGGCUGCCGUACUGUACGGCAGCUGGGUGGUCCUCCGCGCCGGGGUACUGAGCUUGGGGUCGUCUGUGACGCAACAGGCUGUGGUGGUUCUCGGGGGGGCGGGUGGCUGGCUGGGAUUGUCCCUGUUGAGGAGCUUCUUGUAG